GUGGACUCGGCUUGGCAAGGGUUAAAGGGAACUGAGCUGCCUUCCUAGAGAGGACAGGAAGCAAGGGGGGGCCAGGUCCUCCAGAGCCAAGGCCCCUCCCUCCCCAGUCCUUUCCUUGCUUUGGGGUCUCUCCUGCAAGGGCUGCCUCGCUGCCCCCUCCUGGGAUCUGGAUUUGCUAGAGCUUCUCAUUAAGACGGACAGAACUUGGCAGAAGACCAAAGGGUUCCUUCCGAUCUCUCAGAGGCUUCCUGAGACCACAGAUGGAUGAGCGAGACUCAGCUGGCCCUGAAGCAGGAAGAGACCAUGCCAGCCGAACUGGGAGCGGUGGGGGAUUAUGGGAAAACCCAGUGCAGAAGAUCCUGGGUGAGGAGGACACACUCCGCUCAGAGGUGCAGAGCCAGCAGUUGAGGCAGUUCUGCUGCCAGGAGGCCAAAGGACCCCGAGAGGUUUGCAGUCGACUCUACCACUUUUGCCAUCAGUGGCUGAAGCCGGAAAGGCACACGAAAGCUGAGAUGCUGGACCUGGUGAUCUUGGAGCAGUUCCUGGCUGUCCUUCCCCUGGAGAUGGAGAGCUGGGUGAGGGACUGUGGAGCGGAGACCAGUUCCCAGGCGGUGGCCCUGGCCGAAGGUUUCCUCCUGAGUCAGGCAGAGGAGAGAAAGCAGGGAAAGGAUCUCUUUGCAGAAAUGGACCUGGAUUCCUGUGAGGCAGAGAGGCCUCCGUUGGACACCAGAGAGAGGCCACUGGGUGACAGAAGGAUGCCAGCAAGACCUCCUGAUCCACCUUUUCAUGGGGGCAGAAGGGAAGCAGCGGCUGUGGAACCAGAUCAGGGUCCAGUGUGCUUUGAAGAUGUCACUGUUUGUUUCACGGACGAGGAGUGGGCGUUGCUGGAUCCUGACCAAAGAGCUCUGCAUAAGGACGUCAUGGAGGAGAAUCGUGGGAUCGUGGCCUCUCUUGAUUGUGAUGAAACGGAAAUCGAGAACAAAGGUGACCACAACAAAAUCCCCAGAAAGGAGAAGCCAAACAAAAAUUUAGAGUGUGGAGAAAGCUGCAGUCAGAGCUCC